AUGGAGUUCGUGAACCCUGAAGGUCUUCGUCUGGACGGUCGCCGCCCCAUGGAAAUGAGGCAACUUAGAGCAGAAAUCGGUGCCGUAGCGAAGGCAGACGGUUCUGCUGUUUUUGAGAUGGGUAAUACUAAAGUAAUUGCUGCCGUUUAUGGACCCAGAGAGGUUCAAAAUAGGAGCCAGCAGAUUAAUGACCAAGCAUUGGUGCGGUGUGAGUACAGCAUGGCUAAUUUUAGUACGGGAGAUCGGAGGCGAAAACCAAAGGGUGACAGGCGAUCAACAGAGAUUUCGUUAGUUAUUCGUCAGACAAUGGAAGCAUGCAUAUUGACGCAUCUAAUGCCUCGCUCUCAGAUAGAUAUAUAUGUACAAGUCCUCCAAGCUGAUGGUGGAACUAGAUCUGCAUGCAUCAAUGCUGCAACUUUGGCCUUAGCAGAUGCAGGUAUCCCAAUGCGUGAUCUUGUUACUUCUUGUAGUGCUGGAUACCUCAAUAGCACUCCUCUUCUUGAUUUAAACUAUGUUGAAGACAGCGCUGGAGGUCCUGAUGUCACAGUUGGAAUUCUACCCAAGUUGGACAAAGUGACACUUCUUCAGAUGGAUGCUAAGCUGCCAAUUGAUAUCUUUGAGAAUGUUAUGCAACUUGCUGCUGAAGGCUGCAAGGCAAUAGCAAAUUACAUUCGUGAAGUAUUGCUAGAGAAUACCAAGCAGCUGGAGUAUCGACGGGGCCUGUAG